AAAUGCAGUAUCCUUUAUUAAUAUCACCUCAUAAAUCAAGUCAAAGAGAAGAUGGGUGGACCAGUAGAGUAUAUACUGUUACUUCUAUCAGUUGUACUAGUAGUAUCUACAUUGACUGGAUCUACUAACAAUUACUACAAUGAACCUACUGGUAAUAAAGGAUUCACAGAUUGUUCUGUUACUAAAAAAUUUUUUGAAUUAACUAAUGAAUCAUUAACUCCAUAUCCACUGACACGGGGGAGAAGGUUCCAUUGGAAAGCACAGCUACACAACAGAAAAACCAUACAAUGGGGUAUACUGCAUUUCACAAUGACAUAUAAUUUCAAGAAUUACACUAACAUCACCUUUUUUGACGUGAAAUUAAAUUUAUGCGACUCCCUUGAUGACUUGAUUCACACCCGCUGUCCAUUACAACCAGGAACAUAUCAAAUGAACUAUAACGCUAAAGUACCAAACCAAUUCUGGCCAGCCCAGUAUAAGGCCUAUAUUGCUACUUAUGAUGAUAAAGGAGAGCAAACACUAUGCCAGACAAUGGAACUUGUCAUUGCCUCAUAAAAUUAUUAAACAUCAUAAUGUCUCCAGUGAACAUACAUCUAAAUAUCAAUAAAAUAUCCAUACUAGUGUGUACAAUCAAUACCUUAA